AUGAAUUUCAUUGAGUAUUUCAAAGAGGGAUUCGUGGUUGGUUAUGUGGUGUCGGUUGGUUUUGUUACGGCUAGCUUAAUGUCCUACUAUUACUUGAUUUGGUUGAAUUUGAAGCAGAGGAGAAGAAACAAGGCAAAAGUCUUUCCUUUCAGGAACACCAUUCAGUUCCUAACAAACAAACCUCAUAUUCAUGACCAGAUAUCGGAAUUACAAUGGCGGACCACUCGAAUGAGUUUUGAAGAAAUCAGCAAGGCAACCAACGAGUUUAGCAAGGACAACAUCAUUGGGUUGGGAAGGAUGGGGACCACAUAUAAGGCAAUGUUGCAGAAUGGCUGCUUGCUCGCGGUUAAGAGACUACAUCAUGCCUCUCAACAACUAUUCAAGAAGCAUUUCAUAUGUGAGAUAAAGAGUAUUGGCAGAUUGAGACACAAUAAUCUAGUUCCUCUCCUUGGAUUCUGCAUAAAAGGCGUAGAAAGGAUUCUGGUCUACAAGUACAUGUCAAACGGAAAUCUCUACGAUUGGCUACACCCAAGAGAAGAAGAUAAAGCCAUUGCAGCCAUGACAGUGGAAUGGGCUUUGAGGCUUAAGAUCGCAGUUGGGGUAGCGAGAGGUUUGGCAUGGCUCCACCAUCACUCCAGUUUUCUUCUUGCUCAUCUUGACAUAACCUCACGCUCUAUCUUACUCAAUCAGAAUUUCGAGCCUAAAAUAUCAAACUAUAGCAGGGCAGUUCUUAUGAAUUCGAAUGAUCCCGAUUCCAGCAGGACUUGGGAGCUUGAUCUUGUCAAGAGUGAUGUGUACUGCUUCGGGUUAAGCUUGGAGUGA